AUGGCCGCCGCUACCGCCGCUCACGGAUUCUCCGUCUAUGGUAAAUUUGAAUUGCAAUUUUGUGAGACCGACGACUCCGUGGAGUCCGCCAUGGUCGCAACUUGAAGUUUCGUGGCGGCCGAUACGGAUUCGGACGCCUCUCGGCUUGAUUUUGCGGAGAAGACGGCGAAUUUCGAAAAGUUUAGAGAGAAAAUUGGGGAAAGUAUGAGGGUGAAGGGCCGAAUCGCCUUCACCAUGCUCAAAAUAUUAUCCAGCAGAAUUUUUGCAUUGAUAUUCCCCGAAAACGGAACGGGAUCCACGGUUUUGUCGGACGUGGAGAUCAAAAAAUACCGAAGUGUCGAAGGUCUAGGUAGGAUUGUGUAUUCGUAGGGUUCUUUCGGCCUUGUAAGCGCCUUGUCUUGUAAAAUCGACGCUUCGGUUCGACAUUAAUGUGUGCUGCGGAGGUUGAGAGGUGAAUGAAGGUCGGGCGAGCGUAUGGACAACGUCGAAUUGACCGUCUCUCGGUGGUGGGAAACACCCCUGUUUUUAUCUCCGUACGGGCAUCUAACGCAAUGUUCUGACGGUCCGCCGCCUCUUCGGACGCCCUUCUCUCGCCACACCCGAGCAGCGCAAUAUUAAUACAAAUGUGCUUGUUGCGUCCGCCACGGCUCUCCCUAGGUCUCUUUGCUCUUGUAAGACGGGACGCACAAGCGGGGCGACUUUGAUUAUUGGGGUGGGGGUCUUUGUGUGGAGAUGCGCACCAGAGGAGCACCCUUGACACCGACCUGGAAUCCCUCACGGAGCCGCAUAUGAGGUGAGUAGCCUGCUCUCGCUACCCGACGUCUUGAGUUUACAUCUUCUAGGUUGUCUGUCCUGAACAUAAAUAGUCCCAGUCUUUGGUCCCUAACAAUUCUUUCUCUAUUACAAGUGAUUUGAAGAGAAUUUGGUAACGUUUUAGUUUCUUUCCUAAAAAUAUAGUUGAUGAUAAUCUGUGAUGACCUCUAAAUCCUCUUCAACUCACUUUUACUGUCUAUUUUGUCUUUGAGAAGAUUUCAAUCUUUUCAUGUCUAAAAUAUUAUAAUUUCAGUUGGAAACAUCCCAUACAAUGCCACUGAGGCCGAGAUUGGUCAAUUCUUUAGCUCUGCUGGUCCAGUCACCAACGUUCGGUAAGCAUUCUCUCUAUUUUUCACAUUUAGGUAUCACGUCCAUGGUUAAACCGUAAUAUAAUUUAAUUUUUUAGCCUGGUUUACGACAGAAUGACCAACCGCCCCAAGGGAUUCGGAUUCUGCGAGUAUGCCGAUCAACAAUCCGCCGAAAACGCCGUCAACACGUUGAACUCGACUGACUUCCAAGGCCGCACGCUCCGUGUGAACUACGCCAACAAGUAA